AGUACGGACGGAGCUGGCUUGAGGAAGACGAAGACCUACGGACUAAAUCACUCUCUCUCUCUCUCCUCUCUUUCUCUCUCUAGGAUUUAGCAUUUCAAUUUUUUUUUUUUUUUGGAUAUAUUGGAGCUGAAAUAUGGGGAAUUGGCUAAUUCAUACGUUUGGAGUUUGUGCUGGGGCGUUUUCGUCGCCGAUGUUCGAUUUUAAUUCAAUUGGCUGCGGUGGAUGCAGAUUUUGCUCGUAGAUUGAUUGGGGUUGAAUUGAAUUGAAUCCGCAUUGAAAUCUGGGCCGUCGGUUUUGUUUGGCUGCCUGUAUUUGUUUUAGAUCUAAGCAGAGUUCGAAUUUUGUCGGUGAUGUUGCUGUACGAUAAAUCGCGGUUCUUCGUUCACGGCGGCGGAUUGCUACAAGAGGUCCAGUGGUCUGUUAUGAGAAUUUUGCUUAUUUUGUGUUCUAUACUGUCUGCCACCGAUGCUAAUUUACGUAACAAAAUGUUGGAAAGAGAAGCUCUGUCUCCAGCUAUUUCCAUGCCUGAGCUGCCCGUACCUGCAAAUCUGCCUUUAUUUCAGAGGCCUCGCCGUAACCACCUAAGCCCUUACGGUGCACCUGCGGAAUCUCCUAAUUACGGUCAUUUUGUCAUCUCUGUUCCCCCUUCAAGCUCUCGUUUGUCCAAACCCUCGAUGAAGAAGAACGGACAGGUUCCAGCUGGCGCCACCCUUUCACCUUCGGAGAUUCCGCCAGCUCAGCCCGAGCCUAACACCAUACCUGCUGGCUUAACUCAGCCACCACUAUCUUCAAGCAUCUCUAAUUGUUGUGCACCAGACAUGGUUCUCAAACGUGAGAGCAAAGGCUGCCACUGCGUGUAUCCAAUAAAGCUCGAUAUUCUUCUCACGAAUGUCUCUUCUAAUCCUAAUUGGAAUCUUUUUCUGGAGCAAUUUGCUUCACAGCUCGGUUUACGAGUGUCACAGAUUGAGCUAAUUAACUUUUACAUGGUCAGUAUAUCGGGACUUAAUAUAUCGAUGGACAUUACUCCACAUACUGGUUUAAGUUUCUCUGCGAGAGAAGCUUCUGGAAUAAACUCUUCACUGUCGAUGCAUAAGGUCCGUUUGGAUCCUUCUUUGGUGGGUGACUACAAGCUUCUAAACCUAACCUGGUUUAAACCGCCAGUUAUGCCUCAAGCUCCAAAUUCUGCAAAAUCUCCAGCGGAAGCAUCGCCAAAGCUUCCAUCAACUCCCACAGCACAAGUCAAUUUGGGAAAAGUCAAACGGCCAAGUUUUGUUCUAGUUAUUGGACUUGGAGCUGUAGUUCUGAUAGUUGCUAUCGUUUCUGUGGUUAUAGUUUGUUUAUGUGUAUCUCGUCAAGGGAAGCCUGUUGAGUCUUUCAAGGAAACUGCAAAACAAAGAACCGUAGAAACAGCUCCAGCCAUAGGCUCACUUCGCCACCCAACCAGCACACGCUUUCUCACCUACGAAGAACUCAAAGAUGCCACAAAUAACUUCGAACCCUCGUGCAUUCUCGGUGAGGGCGGUUUCGGUAGAGUUUUCAAGGGCGUUUUAGUCGAUGGCACUGCCGUAGCAAUAAAGAAGCUGAGCACUGGCGGUCAACAAGGCGACAAAGAAUUCUUGGUCGAGGUUGAAAUGCUUAGUCGCCUCCAUCAUCGUAACCUCGUAAAACUCGUCGGAUAUUACAGUAAUCGAGACUCAUCGCAGAACCUACUCUGUUAUGAGCUCGUUCCAAAUGGAAGUUUGGAAGGGUGGCUACAUGGGCCAUUGGGAUUAAACUGCCCGCUUGAUUGGGAUUCGAGGAUGAAAAUUGCUCUUGAUGCUGCACGAGGUCUUGCUUACUUGCAUGAGGAUUCGCAGCCUUGUGUUAUUCAUAGAGAUUUUAAGGCGUCGAAUAUAUUGCUCGAGAAUAAUUUUGAUGCAAAAGUUGCGGAUUUUGGGCUUGCUAAACUUGCUCCUGAAGGCAGAGUGAAUUACCUUUCUACCCGUGUAAUGGGAACUUUCGGAUAUGUUGCCCCUGAGUAUGCAAUGACUGGGCACCUUUUGGUGAAGAGUGACGUUUACAGUUAUGGAGUUGUUCUUCUUGAGUUGUUGACAGGAAGAAGGCCUGUUGACAUGGCACAACCAUCAGGCCAGGAGAACCUCGUUACAUGGGCAAGGCCAAUUCUAAGAGAAAAAGACCGACUAGAGGAACUAGCCGAUCCGAGGCUUGAAAAUAAAUACCCAAAGGAAGACUUUUUCCGAGUAUGCACAAUUGCAGCAGCUUGUGUGGCACCAGAAGCUAACCAACGGCCCACCAUGGGAGAAGUGGUCCAGUCUCUGAAAAUGGUGCAAAGAAUUACAGAGUAUCACGAUUCUGCAGUAGUGACAUCAUCCAACACCACUACAGCACCCAAUCUCAGACAGUCUUCGACAACGUUUGAGUCCGACGGAACAUCAUCGAUAUUCUCUUCUGGUCCUUACUCGGGAUUGAGUGCUUUGGAGAAUGAUAAUAUUUCUAGGGCAGUUGUUUUUUCUGAAGAUCUCCAUGAAGGAAGAUGAUGAUGACUUCAUUUUUUUUUCGUGCAUUUUUUUUUCUCUUUUUCGUUUGGAUAAUUUUAGUUUUGAUCCGCAAAUUGUUUCUCGAGGGUCGAGAAACGGGGGUGGUAUUUUGGUAGACAUGGUUCGGGAAAGAUGUAUGCAAAUUCUUUUUCGUGGGGAUGUAUGAGUAAUUAUUGUGUUCUUGUCCAUCCCAUGUAGAGGUCAUUUCUCUGCAUGUUGAGAUGAGACUUUUGUACAUAUAGUUGAUUUAGUCCUCUCCUUUUUUUUCUUUUUUUUUUAAGCAAUAUUGAAAUGUUUUGGCUACGCUUAAAUUCCUCGUUUCGAUCCAU